AGCAACUACCUAGAACAUAUUCUGAUUUACCUAAAACUUUGUUUUUCUCUUUGACAGUCUAACCGACUAGUAGUAAAAUUGCUGCAUUUUUUUAAAACAUGAGAAGAUUAUAAUGUUGAACAAAAUUGCUAGGGUAAUCUGUUGAAACUUUUUGACUACAUCUUUUAACAGUUGCACUUCUUGCUUGUACUUUCUCGCAGAAAAAGAUAAUUGUUUGAUGGAUGCAUGUUUAUUAAAUAUGAUUGGGAUACAAGAUUCAUCGUUAAAACUUCGUCAUCAUUUAUUUAAUUAUAUUAAAGCAAAUGAAACAGCAGUACAUGAUAGGCGGAGGUAGUACAGAGUGGCUUUUUAUCAAGAAUUAGGAAGGAAAUCAUUCAGCAUUGAUAAGUGAGACAAACAAUGAAAGUGAAUUCGAAGUAGAAGCAAAAAUCGCAGAAAAAUAAGCAAUAUUGAUUAUCGGCUAAAAUAACAAGCUUGAUAAAAAAACAUUUCGACAGAUGAACAAAGUCAAACU